CCUCCAUGCGACUGGAAUACAUAAAUAUAUUUGUGCCAGCAUCGGAAGAAAGAUACGAUGACAAGAUAUACGUAUAGAGAUAAGUGUGUGUUAAUUUCUUUUGGUUAUCAGGAACUUUGUGUCGUUUUUUGUCAUCCUUCUUGAUCUUCAAGGAAUUCCAUUGUUAAAGAAACUUUAUCACCGGAGAAAGUAACUUUUAAGUUAUCGCGCCCUUUCGUAUAUUGUUGUUGCAGUUAUUGUUGAUGUGUUAACUGCUGCUAUCUUUGUUUUGAGUCAGUCCGGUAGAUAUCUGAUUAUAGUAGUCAACAAUAUCAGCAACAGGUGAGAGAAAGAAAGAGAGAAAGAAAGAGAGAGAGAGAGAGAGAGAGAAGGGGAAGGAGAAAGGAAGAGGUUAACACACACACAUCAAUUAGCUAAGAAAAAAGUUUCCGAGUCGGUAUUUUUGGGUGGAGUCGGGUGGAUAUAUAAAACCGUGGCUUAUUCAUGUACCCUCAAGCGAGAGUUACUUAAAUGAUACCCUUUACAAGUGUUGUCAUUCACUUGCGCGAAUCAAUCACCUGGGUACGAGCGGAUUUUUUUUUAUACUGUAACAGCUUGCUUGUGUUACUCGGCUGGUUAAUCAACAGGUAAAAACACACCUGCGCGCAAGCGCGGAAUACCAACUAAGAUAUCCAGUCAAUGCCACGUUAGAUGAAUUCAUCCAAUCAGCUAGGGUCUUAUUCAAAAGAAGUUGGGCUACAGGUAAUGUGGCACUCUUAAUACAAAACACCUUCUUAGCAAAAACACCAAGAGUCAAGACUGGCUUCUGUAGUGUUUUGGGGUUUUUUUUCUCUUCUCUUUUCUUCCUCUUAGUUUUUUCCUUGUUCAUCUCCCUCGGCUCCGUAAAAGGAUGGCUACCUCACAUAUCUUAGCUUUAUUUUGUGCCACAACUGGGAAAAACUGCGAAGAGCUGGGUGUUGACGAAGAACAAAUUGUACUGCUGGUCUAUUUACUCUACGAUGUCACCAACAAUAAGGUGGUUGCGCUACAACAACAUUUCGUGAAGCCCCAACCAAAUGAAAUUUCGGAAACUUUACUAACCGAAGAUUGUAAAAUAGAGACAGGUCUUGAGGAAGAGGUUAUCAAAAACUCACAGCCCUUAGAACAUGUUCUUGACGAGAUGGAUCGAUUUUUAUCAGCGAAGGGAGUGCAUCCUGACCAUGGAGGGAAAUCUUUCACAAUAUGUACAGAUGGACAAGCUCACGUACGUCAAUGUCUGCAUCCAGAAUGUAGUAAAAAGAACAUUAAUUUACCAAAAUACAUGUAUAAGUUUUAUGACCUGAGGAAAGAAUUCAGGAAAUUUUACAGAACUGAAGCUACCGGAAUCAAGUCAAUGCUUGAACAUUUGGGACUGAAACAAGAUCAGUCUGUGGAAUAUGGUGUCCAUCAAUGCCAGGAGAUGGCAAGCAUUUUACACAGAAUGGUAACAAGUGGUCAUUCAUUUGGAACUGCAGAAUUAAUUAAAGAACAUUUGGAACCAGGAAUAUGCAGUAAGAAUGAACGUGUUGAUGAUAAUACAGUUGUAAGAGCUCGAGGUCUACCAUGGCAGUCAUCCGAUCAAGACAUUGCCAGAUUUUUUAAAGGACUCAAUAUCAUGCGAGGCGGUGUGGCACUUUGUCUUAGUCAACAAGGUCGGCGAAAUGGAGAAGCUUUGAUUUGGUUUGAAAGUGAAGAACAUCGAGAUCUUGCAAUGAAGAGACACAAACACCACAUUGGCCAACGUUACAUUGAAGUAUAUAAAUCAACUGGCAAAGACUUCAUCAAUGUGGCUGGAGGAAAUAAUCUUGAAGCUCAAGCAUUUUUAUCCAGAGGAGGACAAGUGAUUAUACGAAUGCGUGGAUUACCUUUCACGGCAACUGUACAACAAGUGCUGGAAUUUUUUACCCGAGAACCUAAUCCUUGCAAUGUCCUUGAUGGAGAAGAAGGCAUUCUGUUUGUUUAUUAUCCAGAUGGUCGAUCGACUGGAGAUGCCUUUGUUUUAUUCAGUUCAGAAGAAGAAGCUUCCAAGGCACUUAAGAAACACCGAGACACGAUGGGAACACGCUACAUCGAGCUGUUCAAAAGCACAAUGGCCGAAGUACAGCAGGUGCUAAACCGUAGCAUGGACCCAAGGAACCCUGAACAACAGGAAACUGCUCUUCCACCACUGAUAGCUACACAUCCAACAUCUGGGCCUUUGGUACCACACAACAUGAUUUCUGCAUCUCGCAAGCGCGACUGUAUACGGUUACGAAACCUUCCAACUGGGGCCCAUGUCACUGAUAUCUUGACUUACCUUGGAGAAUAUUCCCAAUUUAUUGUUUAUCAAGGAGUUCAUAUGGUUUAUGGUGCUAAUGGUGAACUUUCUGGAGAAGCUUUCAUACAGAUGAACUCUGAAGAUUCAGCACACAUGACAGGCAUCAACAAACACAAAAAACCUAUGAUUUUUUCCAACAAGAAGCGCGUCAUAGAUGUCAUUCAGUGCUCUGCAGAUGAUAUGAACCUUGUUUUGGCCAACGGCGUUCCAACCAUACUUCCAUCUCAUCCUCCCAUAAUGCCACGUCCAAUGUUUGCACCACCACAUGGCACUUCUCUCAUUCCAACACCAAAUGCACUUACAGGAGCAAUUCCUUACAGUCAUAUUCCACAAACUGUACCUUCUUUUCCCCAUCCAACUUUGGCACACUUGCCUCCACGACCUUCAUAUUAUCCUCCUGUCUUUUACUGGUACCCAAGUCCACCCGUUUCCCCACAGACCUACUAUGCUCAAAAUGGUCCAUCUGUUGUUGUAAUGAGAGGUCUUCCCUAUAACUCAUCUGUCCAAGAUAUUGUCAACUUCUUCCAAGGAUUCCCUGAGCAGAGUUCGUCAAGAAACUCACAGGUGUCACCAGAAUCAGUACAGAUCCAACAAAACACAGAUGGCCGCCCCAACGGUGAUGCACUCAUCACUUUUGGUUCUCGUUGUGAAGCUGAGCGAGCCAUUACUGAACGGAAUCGAAACAACAUUGGCAACCGAUACAUAGAGCUGUUUAUGGCAUAAUGUUAAUGUUUUUUCAUGUGAAAGAUUCUAACUCUAAAAACUUUAUUUCUCCUUCAGGCAACCAAGACAUUUCAGAAACCAUCCUUAUAUACCACUCGCAUUUAAAAAGCAAAACUAAUGAAAUAUGACAAAAUAUAAACAAAAAAAAAAUUGUAUUCCGUAUGCCCAUCCCCUGCCCCACCCCACUCCCAUCUCUGUUUCAGUCUUGGUUACUUUAACGUCUUGGUUAAUUAACGAACCAUGAGAGUUGUGAAAACGAGAAAUUGUCGUUGAUGAUCUAUGUAAUAUUUUUAAGAGUUGACUGUUAUCUAUGAUCUGGAAAUUUUAUUCACUAAAAAAUGAAAAAAGAAUAUAAGAAAAAAAGCAAUGUACAUACAUACACACACAUGCACACACACACA